AUGAGUGGGCUGAUGGGUAAACUGCGGCGGGUGCAGUGGGGCGCCACGUGGAACGCCUUCCAGUCGCGCGUGCUGCGCACCAAGCCCGUGGAGUCCAUGCUGGAGAGCACGGGCGGCACGGGCGCCCACGGCACCAAGCUGGCGCGCGUCCUGACCACCGUGGACCUGGUGUCGCUCGGCGUGGGCAGCUGCGUGGGCACGGGCAUGUACGUGGUGUCGGGGCUGGUCGCCAAGGAGAUGGCGGGGCCAGGCGUCAUCAUGUCCUUCAUCAUCGCUGCCGUGGCCUCGUUCCUCUCAGGGGUGUGUUAUGCCGAGUUUGGAGUCCGCGUGCCGAAGACCACAGGCUCGGCGUACACCUACAGCUAUGUUACAGUGGGCGAGUUUGUGGCCUUCUUCAUUGGCUGGAAUCUGAUUCUGGAGUAUCUGAUUGGCACAGCGGCCGGAGCCAGUGCCCUCAGCAGCAUGUUUGAUUCGCUGGCCAACCACACCAUCAGCGGCUUCAUGAUCAACCACAUAGGCACGCUCAAUGGCCUCGGGAAGGGUGAGGAGUCCUACCCUGACCUGCUGGCUCUGGUGAUCGCCAUCCUGGUGACGGUGGUGGUGGCCCUCGGAGUCAAGAACUCGGUGGGCUUCAACAACGUGCUGAACGUCAUCAACCUGGUGGUGUGGGUCUUCAUGAUGAUCGCCGGACUCUUCUUCGUCAACGGGGCCAACUGGGACGAGGGGCGCUUCCUGCCUUUCGGCUGGUCAGGGGUCAUGCAAGGUGCGGCCACCUGCUUCUACGCCUUCAUUGGGUUUGACAUCAUCGCCACCACAGGAGAGGAAGCCAAAAGCCCCAACACGUCCAUCCCGUACGCCAUCACGGCCUCGCUGGUCACCUGCCUGACCGCAUACGUGUCUGUGAGUGUGAUCUUGACCCUGAUGGUGCCCUACACGGAGAUCGACGCGGAAGCGCCGCUCAUGGAGAUGUUCGCUCUGCACGGCUUCCAGGUGGCCAAGUACAUCGUGGCCAUCGGCUCCAUCGCCGGCCUGACGGUCAGCCUGUUUGGGUCGCUCUUCCCCAUGCCCCGCAUCAUCUACGCCAUGGCCGGGGACGGACUGCUCUUCAAGUUCCUGGCGGUGGUGAGCUCGUACACGGAGACGCCGGUGCUGGCGUGCGUGGUGUCGGGCUGCCUGGCGGCGCUGCUGGCGCUGCUGGUGAGCCUGCGCGACCUGAUCGAGAUGAUGUCCAUCGGCACGCUGCUGGCCUACACGCUGGUGUCCGUCUGCGUCCUGCUGCUGCGCUACCAGCCCGAGAGCGACAUCCACGGCUUCGUCAACUUCCUGUCCGAGGAGAGCACCAAGCAGCGGCGCGGGGAGGGCGUGCUGGCCGAGUGCGAGCGGGAGCGCGACGCCUGCUCGCCGGUCAGCGAGGGCGACGACUUCUCCUCCUCGGGCGCGGCCACCAACACCUGCGGCGCCAAGAACCUGCCGUCGCUCGGCGACAACGAGAUGCUCAUCGGCAAGCCGGACAAGUCGGCGUACACGGCGGCGCACCCCAACUACGGCACGGUGGACAUGUCGUCGGUCAUCGAGGCCGACGAGUCGGACGGCGCGCACGUGCUCAAGCUCAAGAAGCUGCUCGGCCCGCGCUACUACACGCUCCGCAUCCGCCUGGGCCUGCCGGGCAAGAUGGACCGGCCCACGGUCGCCACGGGCCGCACCGUCACCCGCUGCGUCCUCCUCCUCUUCUUCCUGAUGUUCGGCUUCUGCUCGCUGGUGACGUUCGGCGCGGGCUGCAUCGCGGACGGCCGCUGGUGGGCGGUGCUGCUGCUGGUGGCGCUGCUGGUGGUGAUGGCGGCGCUGGUGUUCGUCAUCCUGCAGCAGCCGGAGAACCCCAAGCGGCUGCCCUACAUGGCGCCCUGUGUGCCCUUCGUGCCCGCCUGCGCCAUGCUGGUCAACAUCUACCUCAUGCUCAAGCUCUCCGACAUCACCUGGAUACGCUUCGCCGUCUGGUGCUUCUUGGGUGUGCUGAUCUACUUUGGCUACGGCAUGUGGAACAGCACCCUGGAGAUCACGGCGCGCGAGGAGGAGGCCCACGCCAGCACCUACCAGCGCUACGACGUGGGCGUCGACGAGGGCUUCGCCGACAACUUCUACCCGCCCGAGGACAGCUGGGCCACGCCGCCGGACCCCGCCGCCACCGCCAAGCAGCGCCAGGGCCAGGGCACGAGUCCGCCGGAGCCCCCGGUCAAGCCCCCGGCGGCGGCCAACUCGCUGGACGGCCACAGGACCUCCCCUUCCCCCCACAGCAGCAGAGCCAAAAGCAAAAGCCCCCCCGGCCUGGCGUUCGAGGGCCUGGCGGUGGACGAUGACUUAGACGACCCGCUGGACUGAGAUGGACCCCCCCCCUGGGUGACUACUGUCCUGUUUGUGUGUGUGCUGAUGCUGAGGCUGUGGUUGAUGGUGGUGGUGAUGAUGAUGAUGAUGAUGAUGAUGAUGAUGAUGAUGAUGAUGGCUAGAACCCUUGGGCUAGAUGGUUUCCUCUGAGUCAGGAGAGCUCCAUUUUGUGCUCGUGCCGUCGUCCUCUUAUCAGUUGUUGCUGGGAAGUAGGCGGAGAGGCGAGGACUUAGUGGUACAUAUCAGCUGGGUUAACCUUACCAUGGCAGCAGCCUUCCCACUUCAAAACAAACGCUCCACCGUUUUUUUUUUUUUGUUCUCCUUUUCUCAAGGCCGUAGUUUUAAAUAUCGCCUCAACACUUCAGUCCACGCAUGCUCAUUGUUUCAGAUGCUCUGGCCAUCCCAAGCAAGCCUGGCUUUCAUUACGUGUGAAAGAGUUACAUCACGCGGUUCAAGUCACAACCCAAAAAAUAGAACAGUUUGCCAUUUGCCACCUCUUCAUAACACAGCCUCUUUUGACUGGCAGGAAGUGGGCGGUUUUUGAAACCUGAACCUGUUUCCUGUAUCUUGGUCAGGGGAUCCUCUGGCUGCAGAGGCGAUCUUUUAAUCUGCCAAGGACAGGAAGGAAGUCAUUUUUAUUUUUUAUUUUAGUUUAACCCAUCAUAGAAAGAAAAGGUGAGAUUCCACAAAUGUUAUUACCUGACCCCCUCAUUUACGUAUCCCCUUGGUUCUGAAUUCGGAACUUACAAGGCGUUGUAAUUAUUUUCGUAAUAAACAUUAUACCUUAUUUUUGUCAGCCAAAAAAAAAUCCUAACAUGGGAUAUGAACAGGAGCAUGGAUAAGCUGAGUUAAAGUCGGCUAUCAGACACUGUUGUGACUGCGCUACGAUGACGGAGUCCACUAUGGAGUGUUUGGGGGGCGUUGCGAGUGCAUGGGUGGAACGUUCUACUUCACCGCUCCUCCUGCUAGCCUCUAGCCCAAGAGGUGGGGUUGGUGGAGACGCAUCACCAACGAGUUGCCACAAAUAUUGAUUGGACUUGCAGUCGCUUGCAAUAGUGCCUUCAUCUGUCAGUGUGUGCUUUAACUAUGGUUGCCAUGAUGUCCAUGUGUUUCGGUGUCUGUGUCUGGGGCUUGUUGAUAUGAAGAAUCUUGUCAGGCUGGGGCAUGCAUGUAAAAGUGAUUUGAUGCAUUUAUUUAUUUGUUUGUUUGUGUGUAUGUAUGUUUGUUUAUCUAUUUAUAGGCCAGGCUGUUUUGUUGACAGACACCCUUUGGGGUCAUCACAUUGUCCACCCAUCUCAAUUCAGCAGCUUGCCAUCCAUGUCUGUGACCACCCCACAUACACACACAUACACACACACACACACACACACACACACACAUCCUUGCAAGCAGGCCUCUCUGCGUGAGCAGCUCUGGAGUGAGAACACAGUAUGGUUUGUGGGCUUCCCACCCCGAGAGUGAGGGCUGAGAGCAGACAGGGAGCA